AUGUCUUCGAUCGUGUUCUUGUACAUUCUCUACUACACUGCUCUGAAGAAACCACAGUCUCGCACAAAUAUUAUUUAUUCGAUCAAUCUUGAUGUUUUCAAUCAGCUAUAUUUUGAACAUAACGACACUCUUUCUUGUCCAUGUUCACGAUCUGUGACGCUUUACCGAGAUUUUGUAUCUUACAAUGCCACCUUUCAUUCAGUUUGCCAUAGUAUAUUUGUCAGUGAUACAUGGAUCGAAGCACUGUACUUUCCCAAUGCGAGUCGGUAUGCCGUUGCAGACUUUCGAACAACAGCCAAUGCUCAAUUCCGACUUCUGGCUGACUUAUGCUCAUUUUCUCAAGAUGCAAUAUUACAAAAUCAGCAUGAUCUCGAUAACAAUGAGUUGGUCACUCUUUAUCUUCUUCAUCAAUCACAAGUUCACUCAGAAGUCAAUGCCAUGAUCGACCUGUUUGAGAGCACUCUUACUAGUCGAAUCAAUUCAUUUCUUAGCUAUCUUCGAAUCACCACACGAGCAAAUUAUUUAGUUUCAGCUCUGAACACAAAUUUUCUGAUCCUCUAUCAGAAGGAAGUCGAUAUUAAGGUAGGAGGUGCAGUAACGUUUGGUUCGUGGUCUAUAACCGGAAAAGAUGACAGCGCAUAUGCUCCAUGCAGCACUGAAAAUCCAACCAGUGCAACAAGUUUCAUCUCGCUUUCAUGGGAGCCUGCGUUUUUCGAUCAUGCAAGAUGGGAGGAGCCGCCAGCUUACCUCUCCCCUAUAAACGGCUUUUUUGCUGCGUGUACUCCUUUUGAAGCUAUUUUGAAAAGUACACUCAACUGUCUGUACGAUGCAACAUGUAUUCAACUAUUAUCUGAUCAUUUCCCACGUCUAAGUCGAACGAAUAUCAGUGUGAAAAAUUCUGUUCUUCUCGGUUCAAAGAAUACAAAUAUAUCUGUGCACGAUCUUUUGCUGAAUUUAUUUGUCCAAGACCGAAGGACCAGUAUUACUUAUUCGACAUAUUUUCAACAGUGUUCUCCUUCAUUUUGCACUUACACAACAACGGACGAAAGCAAUAUUUCCUAUACAAUUACUCUUUUCGUCAGUCUUUAUGGUGGUCUCGUUCUUAUAUUCCGUUUCAUUGCCUCGUUUUCGAUCAAGAUUUUAUUCAAAUUGAAAUAUCAUACGCAAGUCUCUGAGACUAGGAAUCAUGCUUCACAAUUUGUUCGAUGGAUGAAACGUUUGAAUUUGUUCAAAAAACUUGAUGACCGAUCUGACGAGAGUGUCAAACAACAAAGACUAAUGACGCGUGUGUAUUUGGCAUUACUAAUGGGUACGCUUCAUUUCUCAUUGUUGUCUAGUCUUUGUCAAUUUGCUAAUCAAACAGUUAGUGAUGUCAUUCGUCGUUUUCUCGCUGGAUCGUUUAUUACUUCGAAUGUGUUGACCGAAGUCGAUUUUCAAAAGCAGAUAAAUACCAUUUUGACUGAAUUUAUAUUAUCAGCAGUUACCUACUUUGACCUUUUUGUCGAAACAACAGAUCUUCUUUUACAAGUCGACCAACCAUUUAUUGGAUCACUGUACAAUACCUAUGUUAAAGGAGAUGCAACCUUACUCUUCACUCCGUUAGAACUUGAAGUAAAUGGUUCAAGAACUGCUCAACUAAUUCUACAAAUGUUUGGCACCCGUGACAUCUACACAGGAACGAUUAAUUGUAUCUGUGCAACUGAUCCUUCUUGUCGAAAUGCGAUGGCUAUCUACAACGACGAACUUGAUGAUUACACAGCCGAUCCUGUCCGUGUCAACUAUAUAGUGCCAGGUUUCCGUGCAGGCUGUUUCGCCUUGAAAUCCCUUCGUCUCUCAACUCUCGAAUGUUUAUAUUCUAAUUCGGAAUGUUUCUCGAUUCUAAUGGAUUACAUUCACGAGAUAUAUACUUUUAAUGUUGAAGAUCCGGUGUGGUUCGAUGCUCGACCUCUGGUUUUCAAUUCCACAUCGAGUAAAUUUUCUCAAAAGAUCGAAAUAUCAAAAAUAAUCAGUGAAAUCAUGGUCGAAAAAUGGAAUCCCUCUAUUUCCUAUAAGCUUUUUUACGAAUCAUGUGCACCUAGUCAUUGUUCUUAUUCCGAAAAAGUCCACACAAAGACGGCGUCCACAAUUGUCAUCACUUUGAUAUCCGUGAUUGGCGGUGCUAGUGUUCUACUUCAUUUACUAACACCUUACCUCGUCAAGUUCUUGAUUCGUAUAUUCACAAAGAGGAAACGAAGACCACAGCAACAAGCCCGAAGGGAAUUAUUCAAAUAUCUUAAGAUCAUCAUACAAGAACAGACCGUACGAUUGUACAAUACUGCAGUCGAUCUCAACAUAUUUCCUGUGCGCCGUUUUGGAAAUAACGUCAGUUACGCUAUAGCUAAACGUCUCGGUCAAUGGGCUACCCGCCUAUUCCUUCUGUUACUCGUUGUUGUGCUCGUGAUCACGGCUCUAUAUACGCUUAUUCAACCACAAGCGCUUACGAAAACUUUCGAUAAGCCAUCCUUCGAUUAUUACACGCAGCUGAAGCAAAAAUAUGAAGAUUCACUGAAGUGUCCAUGUUCGUCGGUGGCAUCGAUUUAUAAUCAAUUUCUUAGUAUUGAUCUUGAUUUUCAUCAGUUGUGCUCAAGUGAGUUUAUCCUGGAUGAAUGGAGAAGUAAUCUGACUACUGGCCUCGCCGCUAACCUAUUCAUAUAUUCGCAGAGAGAUUAUCGUCGGUUCCUUUCGGCGCAUUUGCAGUUUCUCCAAGGUUUGUGCCAAUUGUCCAUGAAGUCGGCCAAUAGUUUGGUUCAACAGUUUCUUUCCUCACUAUUCAUCACCACACAAUUGUUGUCUGAAACUGAUUUCAAUAUCCGUGUCUCGUCUUUGAUAAAUCAAACUAAAUCCAAUGCGCCUAUUUCAUUGAAUCGUCUUCUUUCUUCAACGCGUAUCGUCAAUCAUGGAAACAUCAUCAUUUCCACUUAUGGAACUAACUUCGAGUAUAUACAAGACAAAGAGUAUUCCAGCACACAGGCUGUUACCUACGACGAUGGAUGCUCUUGUGACUUAUCACCAAACUGUACGACGCAAGCGAAUUUUAUCGAACUAAAUGUUCCACGAAAAGUGUCAAUCAUAGGCAUGAAAAUGGGGUGUACACCGAGUGAUUCAUUUCGUUUGUCAACUCUUGAAUGUUUCUUCGAUCAGGUAUGUCUUGACCAUGUCCAAUACUAUACUCACUAUUCACAACGUAUCGUUCCACUGAAUCUCACGAUGAAACGAUUCUCGGUGGAAUCAACCGUGAAUGAACUGAUCAGUCAGGCAUUUGUUGAAGAAUGGACAACAGCCGUGAGUUAUAUCUCUUAUUUCAACAAGUGUUCACCUCUGUCAUGUUCACAUACUUACGUCAAGCGAUUCGAUUUUUUCUACACAAUCAUUGUUUUAAUUGGCCUUCAAGGUGGUUUGACAAUUGUUCUCAAAUGGAUCUGUCCUCAGAUAGUUCGUCUCUUGCACAAAAUAUUUCAACAUCGCAAAAAUCUAAUCACUCCUGUUCGAUCGGUUCAUACCGUUGAGAUGACACCCGGCGAAAGUAUUAAUCUUGAUCCUCCGAUCCGUCGCUUAGCAGAUGAAGUGUUCGAAGUCGACGCUAAAUCACGGCUAAAGAUUUUGUCGAAGUGUUCCAUUAUAUGUGUAAUAUUAGUCUUAGUGGUUAUCAUAGUGGUCACGUAUUCAGUAUUUAUCAAUCGAUGUGAAAGAAGUCAAGAGACUCCAAUAGUUGUUUCCAUCAACUUCACUAUCAUUUACUCAUCAACGGCUGAGACAAUAACAACGAGCACCGCAAAUACUUCCUUGACACAUUGUCAGCCAACAUUUGAAUUAAUAUCAGUACAAACAAGUGAUGAUAACCCAGCAUAUUUCUACCCUGUUGCUGGAGACUUCAAUGGCGAUAAUCAGUUGGAUAUUGUCUAUUAUUCACCUGUGCUUGAUAGCAUAGGCGUGAUAUUGGGAAUUGGUAAUGGAAGUUUCGAAGCAGUUGUAAAGCUGACUCCACUUUAUGGUGCUUCAAUAGUCGAGAUGGCCGUUGGCGACUUCAACAAAGACAACUAUCUGGAUAUCGUCACUAUAGUUAAUGAAUACGACUCAUAUCUAUUGAUGUUGGUUGGACAAGGUGAUGGCAUUUUCGAAGCAUCUACGUCGUUUCCUCAGAGAAUGUUCUAUUAUGCUCGUGACGUCGUAGUCUCGGAUGUGAACAGUGAUAAUCAACCAGAUAUUGUUGUUGUCAGCAGCUAUGGACAAUAUAUUGUUUUGUUUCUUGGAAUCAAUAACGAGAUGUUCACAGAAUAUCAUGGGUUAUCCGCUGGUUUUAGUAUCAGUGCACGCUCGGUCGUUGUCAACGAGUUUAAUAACGAUAAUCAUUUGGAUAUCGCUGUCUUAGAUGAAUAUAGUAGAAAUAUAAUCGUCUUUCUCGGACGUGGUAAUAGUACUUUUGAAGAACGGAUAGUAUCUUUCACUGGUGGCGCACUGGUCCCAGCUUAUAUAACAGUUGGGAACUUUAAUGCUGAUAAUCGUUCGGACAUUGUUGUUUCAUAUGAAACAAGAUGUAGUAUUGGUGUUAUGUUUGGAUAUGGUAAUGGAAGUUUUGGCAACAUAAUCAAGUUCUACACAGCAGCAUCAAGAACAGACUCUCGAGCAGUCGUCAUCGACUUCAACGGUGAUGAUCAUUCGGAUAUCAUAUUUUACAGAUACGAUCCUUCGAGUAUAGAUAUUUUACUUGGCAACGGAAGAGGCCGUUUUGAACGAAAAACGAUACUCCCAGUUGAGAUUCCGUACGAUAUAUCUCGAUUAAUUGCUGGCGAUUUCAACGGCGAUGGUUAUCAAGAUAUAAUCAAUUUAGUAGCCUAUAGUUCUCCGUUUAACGUUCUUUUGAAUACGUGUGAAUGUUGUACAACUUAG